GGGAAAACGAAAAGAAAGCUGCCAUGCCAGACAGAGAGAGAGAGAGAAUGAGGAGAGAGAAAACAGCAAUGAAGAAGAUUUCUUCCCCAAAACCCAUUCUUCCUCUUCCUCUUCCUCCAAAUCCACCUCCAACUCCAAGCCCAACAAAUGGAAUCCUCAAAAACUUUCUCAUCAACAACAACAACUACUAUUCCUACUACCAUUGUUGUGCCCAAGAUCUCAUUUUUCCUUCUCAUCAUCGCCACACUCUAAACAACCCAUCUUCAAUCGCUCCGAUUCUCUCUCAGCAUUUUGAGGAAUAUGUUUGGUGGGAGUGAUAACAGCAAUCCUGUGCUUCCUGUUUUCAUGGAGGAAAACCGCUCCCAAUAUGAUGCUACUGCAUUGCCUCAGCUGCAGUUAUUUGGAGAUUGUGAGUGUUCCAAAUGACUUGUUCAUCUUUUUUCCAGUUGGUUGUAGUGUUGAUCCCUUAAACUACAUGGCAACAGCAACAAACCGACCUAUCAAAAGAGCUCGGAAACCAGAACCUAAUUCUAGUCAGCAAAAGCUUCAGAUAUCUUUAAACAAUAAUUUCUGUCAAGAUGAAGCUGGCCAUGCCAGUAGAAUUUUGAAUCAAAAUCCUGUAUCAACUGGUCUGAAACUUUCAUACGAGGAAGACGAACGCAAUUCUUCUAUUACUUCUGCUAGCGAAGGCAUGAAAGCUGCCCUACCUGGUAGCUUUUCCCUCAGCAACAGUCUUAAAAUUGAGAUUGAUAGGCAGGAAAAAGAAUUUGAUCAUUAUAUCAGACUUCAGGAAGCAAGCAUAAUGAAGGGUAUAAGAGAGUUGAAGCAGAGACAGACAGCUCGUUUCCUAAACGCCAUAGAGAAAGGAGUUUUCAAAAAGUUACAAGAUAAAGAACUCGAAAUAGAGAACAUGAACCGCAAGAGCAAGGAACUAGCAGAGAGAAUAAAGCAGGUUGCCACAGAAGCCCAGGCGUGGCACUGCAGAGCAAAAUACAAUGAGUCCGUUGUCAAUGCUCUCAAGACCAAUCUCCAACAGGCCAUUGCACAUGGUGCUGUCCAAGCCAGGGAAGGCUGCGGGGACAGCGAGGUUGACGACGCUGCCUCUUACACUAACCAGUUUCGUCAUGACAAUCUUGUUUUUGCAAAUCAGCAAUUGAAUUGCAGAGCUUGCAAGGGUAAACAGGUUUCUGUUUUGUUAAUGCCGUGUAGGCAUUUUUGUCUUUGCAAGGAUUGUGAAGGGUUCAUCAAUGUUUGCCCUGUGUGCCAGGUGAUGAAGACUGCAAGCGUAGAAGUACUCAUGUCGUGAGGGGUAUAUAUAUGUGUAUGUAUAUGAAUGCUUGUGAUUUUCAUUACCCGUGUGUAGCAGGAUCGUAUAAGUUAAAAUGGCUCACAGCAGGCAAUGAAAUUGUUGUCUGUUCUGCAAGAAAUUAUGAGUUUAAUGGAAUGGAGUGAGUUUUUUCCCUUUUGUUUUGGGCGACUUGUUAUAUAAUCUCUGGCUUUGUAAACUGAAAUCGAUAAGUGGUAGAAAAAUUCUCUAUCUUUGAAGUU